AUGUGUUUGCUCAAUCUUCCCCCAGAAUUGACCCUUCUCAUCUCUGAGCUCCUAUGUCCCAGAGACCUCAACGCUCUGGCUCGAGCAUCUCGCGACUUCGCAUACUUUUUUGACCCACUCCUCCAAGACCGCGCUCUGAUCGACCCCAAAGUCACCCAGUCCGUCCUUUUCUGGGCUGCCAAAAACGGGCGUGAAGAGACAAUCCACAAGAUCCACAAACAUGCGCAGCAUAGGCAGAUUGGGAUCAACUCAGUACUCAAGAAUCGCAUGUUGAUGAUUGCAGCUAGGUAUGCGCAGGUUGAUCUCCUGGGAUAUCUCGUCCACAGCCUCGGCGCAGACCUCUCCGCUAUGGUCCCCAUGUACACCACGGAGGAUGUUCCUUAUUCUCUAGGCAGUGCCAUAUACACCAAGACAACAACAGCGCUACAUGCAGCUGCAUUGUGCCAGGACGAUGUUGUAGCUCGCAGGUUGAUCGAACUAGGCGCAGACGUGAAUGCUGUUGACGGAGAUGGUGCAUCUCCUUUGCACUAUGCUGCCUGGAAUCCCACAGCAACACCAGCAGUAGUCCGUUUGCUAUUGGAGCACAGCAGCAAGACUGAGACAGAGGAUAAUUGGCACGGGAGACCGUUGCACAGGGCUGUGGGGUUUGGGAAUAUAGAAACCAUAAAACUGCUAUUGGCCUAUGGUGCGGAUGUCGCAGCGCGCGGUUUCUCUGACAAAAUACCCUUGCACAAUGCGGCAGAGCGUGGCCUUUACGAAUCAGUCGUCUUGCUGGUCGAGGGAGGGAGCGAUGUCAACGCCAGGACUGUUACUGGAUGGAGGCCUCUUGAUGUGGCUGAGAACAAUUGUUUUGAUCUCAUAGUCAGCGAUACAACGAGAUAUCGGGAGGAAGGAAGACGAGGCAGCAAACAGAGAAAAAGGAAUCGUGAAAGUCUCCUCAUGUAA